UAUAAUGAAACGCAACCUUUACAUUACGUGACUGUUGAUCGUGACGUGUGAUCACACGACUUGGCAAACAUAGACAUACACAUGCUCUGGAACAUCAUUCUAUUUUUCUUUUUCAUUGAAUGUAGAUAAAGAUAGAAUGUUGCUUGGAAACAUUUCUAUAACGCUAUGACCGGAGUAUUGGUGUCGAUUCAGGUUAUGUGUUCAACGUAAACUUCAAGAUCCACCUGUGGAGGCUGACGGCUCAUUAAACAGAAAAAAAAAAAAUCACAAAAUUUACUUUCGCGAUGAGUGAAAAAAACAUCAACUCCGCUUUAGUGCGGAGAGUUAAUAAACUGUUGGAAUCCAGAGUAGAACACGAUAAGGAUACAUUGGAAGCUUUAAAGGAGCUGUCAACAUUUUUCACAGAAAACACAUUGAAUUCUCGUCGAAACUUGCGCAGUAAAAUAGAGAGAAGAAGUUUGGCAAUAAACGAAGAAUUUCUAGCUGCUUUUAAAGAAGUGAAGGCUUCUUUGGAUGAUGUUUAUCAAGAUGUUUUAGCAAUGAACACUGCUGUGCAAUCUAUGACUAAUCGUUUGCAAGUUACAAAAGCUCAAACGUCUCAACUCAUAGAACAGACAUCAAAACUUCAGAAUGAGAGUCAAACAUUGUCCAUGCAACAGGAGGUUGCAAGUGCAUUUAUUAAAAACUUUCAACUUACUCCAUCAGAACUAACUGUUCUGCAUGGAUCAUCCAGAGAAUCCCCUAUAACGGAAGAGUUUUUUGCUGUAGUUAAUAAAGUACAGGAUAUUCAUGGUAAAUGUAGAGUACUCAUGCAAUCUGGUUAUCAGACAUUGGCCUUGGAUAUAAUGCAAAGAAUGACAUUAUUGCAAGAAGCUGCGCUUGAAAGAUUAUAUCGGUGGACGCAAACACAGUGCAAAAACAUAGAAAAUGAGUGUUUGGCACCGUUACUCAUUAAAGCUAUGAAUAAGUUACAAGAUAGACCAGUAUUAUUUAAAUACAUUCUAGAUGAGUAUUGUUCAGUUAGGAGAACUACUUUAGUGGGUUCUUUCAUAGAUGCGUUAACAUUAGGCGAAGUUUUUGGUGGAACACCUAAUCCUAUAGAGAUGCAUGCUAACGAUCCCAAGCGUUACGUUGGGGAUAUGCUUGCGUGGUUGCAUCAAGUAAUUCCUGUAGAGAAAGAAAACAUUAUCACCCUGGUGAAAGGCUGUGAUAAAACAGAUGUGUCGGAUCAAGUAAAACAGGCGUUAAGUAACAUUACAGAAGGAUUGUGUCAUCCUUUAAAAUCAAGAAUAGAACAUGUCAUAACUACAGAAGCACCAGCAACAGUAUUAUAUUCAAUUACAACGCUGAUCAGAUUUUAUCGCGCUAUCACUGAACAAGUUAUACCUGACAGUGUUCUGGAUCAGACACUGUUAGAUUUAUUAAUCUUAAGCGAAAAAAGUUUUCUAAGCAGAUUGCAGAGAGAAACGAGAAUCGCUCUUGGCGAACGAGCAGAACCUCCUGGCAGCGAUUUGGUUCCUGCUCCGUCUGUUUCUAGAUUAUUAUCACUGUUGAAUGAAAUACUGUCUGUCGCUAGUAUAGCUGAAGACAGGGAAAAAGACAUGUUGCAGAUUGUAUCGUGCAUCAUCGAUCCACUACUUCAAGAAGUUAAUGAAACAGCAUCUCGAUUGCCAACUGUAGAUAUGGCUGUUUAUCUUCUCAAUUGUAUGCAUCAAAUACAAUCGACAUUAGCAUUGUACGAGUAUAUGGAUCAGAGAUUAGAGAGGUUACAGGCACAAUCGGAUGCUCAAAUCGACACGCUUACAUCGGAGCAAGCUAGUUCUUUGGUAGCGCAUUUAAAUCUAGGCUCGAUUUACACUAUUUUACAAGGACGCGAGCAGGGUCCGCUCUCAUCCAUACCUGGUAUGGACGCUCUUAGUGUAAAAGAAUUCACUAAUAAAUUAGAAGCAUUCCUGGUGAUGCCAGAUGUCUUGUUGCUGCCACAAAUAAGUUUGUUGCAAAGCAAUAAUCAUCGCACGAUUACUCAGAAACGAUCGUUUGAAGUAAUCGGAGCUAUAUACAAGCAGUUAUACGAUGCCUGUCACGAUCCGAAAAAUUUAUAUCAAAAUCCCAGCGGUCUGUUUUCUAGGUCGCCCGAGGAAUUACUUCAAAAAUUAAUUUCUCAAUAAUUUACAUAUUUGUAAACUUCUGUCGUGUAUUUUAUGAAUAUAAUAUGUACAUAAUUAAUAAAUAAUAAUUAAUCAUGUUAGAGUAAAUAUCGGAGCAUUUACAUAUACGAAAUAUAUUUUCAAGUUGUCGAGAUACAGUUCACGCAAAUAUAACUUAUCUUUAUAUAAUUAAUAAGUUUUUUUUUAACAGUUCUUCUUUCCAGAAUCUCCUCUAAAACGGAUUCACAUUCAACGGAUGGACUAGAAAAUUUCUAUUUCUAAUAUUCAAUAAAUAAUGCUGUAAUUUUUUCUCCCAUCGGGGAAGAAACGUCCGUU